AUGAGUGCUCUUCCGUCAGGCGUGAGCCCUGCCUCGCGACAGCCUUCGACUACUCCCAACAACGGUCAAGGUGCCAUCCGUCGCAGAAAGCCUACUGGCCCCUUCGCGCCCAAGCCUUCUCGCAACCAAGCAAAGCGUCCUCCGGCUCCUCCACCGCAAAAGCUUACUGGUGCCACCAAACCUCUGGCUGCCACUGCUGUCCAGUCACAACCCGAACCUGAAGACGAUCCCUCCACCUACAAUGAGAUUCCCCUCAAGGCCACCAAGAAGGCUCUUCUUGAAGGCCUCCGCUUCCACGCCAUCAAGUUCAUUUCCAACAACGUCGUCAACCCAUAUGACAAGGAACAGUUCGAGCGCCCUGUCAAACUUCAUCGUCGUUUCCCGCAGGAUACCCCCAACAUGCCUGUUGAUGCCAAUCCAGAAGACGACAAAGAGCGCGAGAAGGAGGCGAUACGCAAGGCGGAGAAGGCCGCGGAAAGAGAAGCCACCCAGGCCCAGAUCGCCCCGACCGACAAGGCAGCAGCGGCAAAAAAGCGCCAACCAUUCAAGAAGAAGACCGAGGACGUCUACUAUCCUACAGAUACACCCGAAGCCCAGAAGCGUGCCAGAUUGCGCUAUGAAGAAGGCCGUCCCUGGCAUCUGGAAGACUUUGAAAACAAGAAUAUCUGGAUCGGUACAUACGAAGAGCCUCUGUCCGAAUCAAACGUAAUGUUUGUCUUUGACAAUGGCAGCUUCAGAAUGGUUCCCAUCGAGAAAUGGUACCGCUUCAACCCAACGGGCCGCGUUCCGCUGCUAUCCCUGGUCGAGGCCGAGGCUUUCAUGGAGAAGAGAGAAAAGAACCCCAGAUGGUUCAUGGACAAUGAGCACGGUCGCGAGAAGAAGCGUGCCGAGCUUGCAAGACAAGAACGUCUGACCAGAGGCAGAGUGGGUACCCGAGGUGAAAACCGCGUCAAGGACGAAGACGACGAUGACAACGAGAAUGUGGACGUUGCCGAUGACGUUGACGAGCUGGACUUUGAAGCCGAGGACGAAUUCCAAGACGACGACGAGGGCAAAUUGUUCGGAGAUGACGAAGAAGAGGCCAAAGAAGCCGCAUCGAAGAUCAAAAAGGAGCGACACGAAGCCAACAUCUUUGCUGGCACGGGUGUCAAAGAUGAGAAGGAUUGGUACGAAGAGGAGCAGCUCGAGAAGAAAAAGGAGCGCGAAGAGAAGAAAAAGGCAAAGAAACUGCGUAAGAAGCUGGUCAAGAUUGAGAAAAACUACGAGUAUGAUGACGACGAAAGUGACAAUCCAUACUCGGAAGAGGAAGAAUCAGACGACUCGGACAUUGAGCGCCAACGUGAAGAAGACGAACGCAAGAAGGAAGAAGAGCUCAAGGCGAAUGGAGACAAGCAGGCCUCCCAGAUGUCGACCAAUGCCAACACUCCAUCGGGCCGUGCUGAGAAGCAUGGUGGUCUCCAGCCAAAACCCUCCAUGUCGAGCCUCAAGCGUCCCGGCUCACCCAACUUGUCAGAGACCAGUGGCAGUGAGUCAAUCAACCACAAGCGCAUGAAGAAACAGCACCGCCACAACAUGUCGGGAGCUGCGUCGCCCAUGGGACGUCUCGCCGGCUCAGGCAGUGAUACAGAGACUGAAAGACGUUCUCGUCCCAUGACCCUGAACCCUCGAUCUGCCCCCGGAUCGCCCGGCAACGCGACCCCUAUCGGUUCACGCGCCGGCAGUCCCGUACCUAUGCCGACCGCCGAUGAGAUCAGAGCCGCUGUUCCCCCUACUGGCAUAAGCAUUCCGGAUUUGAUCGCAAGGUUCAGAGAGCAGGUGCCCAGGACCAAGGACGGCAACAGGGCCUUUAUUCAAUUGGUGUUGAGUGUGGCCAGAGUCAAGCCCGACGACCGUAGUCUCGUUUGUCUUAGAUGA